GAAGAGCCAGGAGCAAGCUGGCAGAGAGAAAAGUUUUAUCAGCAGCACUCUUCAAACGAACUGUAGUCCUGAUUGCUCGCUCACUGGUCCGCCACAAAGAUUGUACACCAUGUAUAGCUUUGUGGACCAGAUUCGCCAGCAUAGGCAGACACUGCUAUUCAUUUUUGCGGCAAUAACAGCUUUUGCUGUAGUAUGUCAGGGACAAGAAUCAUCGUUUUCACUUAGCAUCAGCUCGGGAGAUCCCCUACUGCCAUGUGUAUAUCGAGGAGAACCUUAUCUCCAUGGAGAGUCUUGGAGUGUUGAUGAAUGUACGACUUGUACUUGUGAAAAUGCUACCACGACCUGUGUGAUCGAGAGUUGUCAACCUGCCUUCUGUAUUCAACCUAUAAAACCUGAGGGAGAAUGUUGCUUCUUAUGUCCUUUCAAUGUAAAGGUGAAGAAGGUAUCUCCUGUGAUAACCAGUACAGGCAGCAUAUCAGAAGGCAGAGAGAACCGUCUAAGGCUUCGAGUACCCAUCAAGUUCCAGGAAGCUCAAGAUACAACAGGUGUCCAAGGAGAAGGUCUUUGGAGACUCAGUGCAUGGGCCUCACCCAAUGCAGAUGGCAGGGGACAAAGAUUUGGUUAUCAGAGUCAGACCCUUGAUGAGGCCCAACAGGCACAGCACUAUAAGAAGAAGGACUCAUUCCAAUUUGAGGAUGUGGACUUCCGUCUCACUGACCCUUUUGCCCAGUGUACAGACAUGAUGUAUAUCUGUACUCGAUUGGAUCGCGGAGACAGCCCCAGAACAAAGGGAGGUCUGGACUACGAGUUCUCUGGCUUCCCUGAUGACAAUGCUCUUGUUGGCUGUACAACUGCUCCGGAAUGCAAAGAUAUACAAGCUAGAGGCUUGAGUUGGCGUUACUCUGCAAGAAGCAUUGUAGCUGGAAUGGAGAAUGAGCUUUUCAUCAACGCCACUGUCUUGUUUACCUCUACUUCUUCCGGCGUCUCUGGAAAUAAUCUUUGGAGACUUGGCCUGUAUGGCAGCAAGAAUGAGGAUGGAAGUGGGGAGAAGUUCAACUACAAUGAGCAGACACUGAACAAUGUGGAAGUCUCUAAGACCUUGCCAGAUGGUGGUCCUCUAGAAUUCACAGAGGCCAGGGCCAUGUUUGAUGUGGCUGCUAUUGGAUGUGGUCCAUUCACCUACUCUUGUAUGGAUUUCACAAGGAAUGAGAAUGCUGAUCCAUUAUUUUCCUUCUCUGUGCUUCCUGAAGGCGAUACCAUCACUCUGUGUCAAGAAAGUAAUUGUAGGGCAGAUCUAAGCAUCUUCAGUGUUCGGGACACUGUCCUGAGUGGUACAGUCAUUGAUGGUCGUGGAUCCAAUCCAUAUUCAAUGGAUGUGGAUAUCAGUGGUGGUGGAGUUGGUGUAGCUGGCAGUGGCCUCUGGAAAUUGAAUGCUUUUGGAAGCUCCAAUGCAGAUGGUUCAGGAAGACGUUACAGUGAGAGUUCACAGGUGCUCACAAGGAGUCAGCAAGACCAGACUUUCCGCCACCCCGAUGAUUUGACUUUUGCCAAUGUUGAAUUUGAUAUUAGCAUGCGUGAUUUGACGUGCACUGAAGUACAGUAUGUCUGUGUGGAAUUUGCUAAGGGAGAAAACCCUAGCACUGUUUUCAAUCUCAUCCCUGUACCUGAUGAAACUAUAAUGACAAGCUGUUCUCCAGCAGAAUGCGAAGGUGUGUUUGCCAGAGGUUUGACUUGGCGCUACUCGGCAUCAAGCAUCAUUGCUGGUAUUGAGAAUCCGCUUGAUAUCACUGCCUCCGUGAUCUUCACUUCAACUUCUCCAGCUAUGUCUGGCUCAAAUCUUUGGAGACUUGGACUCUAUGGAAGCAAAAAUGUUGAUGGCAGUGGCGAGAGGUUCAACUACAACACCCAAACCCUUAACAAUUUGGAAGUCUCUAAGAGCUUGGCAGCUGGUGGUCCUUUAGAGUUUGUGGAUGCUUCAGCCAUGUUUGAUGUAGCUGCCAUUGGAUGUGGUCCUUUCAUCUAUGCUUGCAUGGAAUUUACUAAGAAUGAGAAUCCAAAUCCUGAUUUCUACUUUGGGGUGAUUCCAGAGGGUGAUGUUAUCACUGUUUGCGAGAAGAGUCCAUGCAGAGCAAAUUUGGAGAUUACAAAUGUUGGCAAUCGUGUUUUGAGGGGUAUCCUUAAUGACCGUUACUCCAACCCCAUCUCCAUGGAAGUUGCUAUCCGUGGUCAAGGUGUGGGUGUGGCUGGAGAAGGAUUGUGGGAAAUGAGUGCAUUUGGGAGCUCCAAUAUGAAUGGUCUAGGACAACGCUACAGUGAGAGGAAUCAGGUGCUCACUAAAGAACAGCAAGACAAGACGAUGCGUGUCACUGAAGACAUGCUUUAUGCCAGUGUAGAUUUUGACCUUAACAUGAGUGGAUUGACAUGCAACCAGGUCCAAUAUAUUUGUGUGGAAUUUAGAAAAGGGGGAUUCCCCACUACCAAUUUCAACCUUAUCCCUGUUCCUGACCCCAGUAUCCUAGUCAGUUGUUCCCCUGCUGAUUGUGAAGGAGUAUUUGCUGAGGAACUUCAGUGGACAGUGGAACCAGUUGAACCCGUUUUCCCAGAUGAAGCGAGCUCUGUCAGCAUUGACAGUACUGUACUCUUCCGCGAUGGCAACCGGGAGCUAGUCGGCAGUGGCCUGUGGCGCCAGGGUCUCUUUGGUAGCAGGAACAGGGAUGGUAGUGGGGAGCGAUUCGACUACCAGAGCCAGACUCUUGAUAGACCCCAACAAGGUACCACCCUCAUAGCAGAUAGCCCUCUUGAAAUCCAGGACGCUAUCACCGACUUCCAGAUGGGAACAAUUGGAUGCAAUGACUUUAACUACCUCUGUCUAGAAUUCACUGGAGGAGAUAACCCAAACCCCGAUUUCUUCUUCCGAGUGGUGGGUGCCGUUGACAAUAGUGCCAGAGCCAACACACUUGUCACCUGUAAAGAGCAAGAAUGUCUCUCAAGGGCCGUUUUCACAGACUUGGAAGCUGAUCUUGGAAACCAGAUCAUCUAUGAAAAUAAGAGGAAUCCUCUUAGUGUUGACCUCUCUGGUAUCACCCAUGACGAUUCCACCAAUGUCCGAGGAGACCAGCUAUGGAAGGUUGGUGUCUAUGGCAGCAGGAGAGCAGAUGGCUCUGGUCCUAAGGCUGGCCUCAACGAGCAAAUCCUGGAUCCCUCUGAAGCAGGCACUACUCUGUUGGAUGACCAGAACCUUGACAUGAACAGCGUCACCUUUGACUUUGACAUGACUGGCAUUCGCUGUGAGGAUGCUGAAUGGGUCUGCUUUGAUCUUGACAAGAACAACAGGGCUAGUGUAAACUACGUAUUCGAGGCUCGCCCAGAUGAAUCGGUAAUCACUGAGUGUAUUGACAUGAGGGACCGUUGCAAAGGUGUCACUGCUAUUGAUAUUGACUGGAAUUAUGAAAUUGGUGAUGCUCCAUUUGGUCAGCCAUCUCCUCUUACCCUCGACACCAACAUCAACUUUGACCCAGAGAGUCCAGAUGUCAAUGGACAAGGCUUAUGGCAGCUUGGCGUAUUCGCCGCUACCCGUCCAAAUGGUGAUGGCCCUCGUAGGGACGAAAUUACACAGACCCUAGACCCCUUCAAUGAAGCUCGACCUCUUGAAGAAGGUGGACCUCUUGAAUUUGACAACAUUGUUACCAACUUCCCAAUCGAUGAGCUUGGCUGUGAUGACUACCGUUUCUUAUGUGUGGAAUUCAAGCAAGGUGUCAACCCUGCCCCAGGCUUCAAAUUCGAGACCCAAGCUGGAACUGAUUCAAUCAUAUCUUGCAGGGAGCAACCAUGUAGAGGUGUCGAGGUUGAAGAUCUUACAUCCACCCCCACUGAUACACCCUCUGACCUGAUACUCUAUGAAGGCAAGGCAACCAAUCCUAUCCAGUACGAGUCUGUUGCAACUACAACCCCUGAUUCAGGUGUGGUACGUGGUGUGGACCUGUGGACCCUCAGCCAGUGGGGUAGUGAGCGUGCCAAUGGUAAUGGACCCCAGAAUAACUUCCAGGAGCAAGUUCUCUCUGGCUAUCAUGCUUCUCUUCCUGUCCUGACUGCUGGUGACACUCUAGAUUUUGUGCCUCUUGCCACCAAUUUUGAUAUGACAGGCCUUCGUUGUCCGCAGGUCAAAUACAUCUGUAAUGAGCUCAGCAAAAACCCAGUUUCCAGACCUGACUUUGAGUUUACUGCCGUUCCUGAUGAAUCUGUACUCAGGAGUUGCUUUGAGGUGCCUGAUGGAGCUUGCAAAGGUGUUGUUUUCACCGACCUGGAUUGGGACAUGACCCAUGGACGAGUUUCCCCAGAUAGUCCUGAUGAUGUGCGCUUCAAUGUUGAUGUCAGCACACUGCCUGAGAGUGGUGCAGCAGAUGGAGAUGGUCUUUGGCGUAUUGGUGUGUUUGGAGCCCAGAACCCACAGGGAACAGGUCCUCGUCUUGAUUACAAGCGUCAGAUCUUGACCCGUAGCCAGUCCUCAACCCCAGCUGAGGGAGAAGGCAUGCCCCUUGAGUUGAAUCGUCUGGAGACUGAAUUUGAUCUGUCACAGCUUGGAUGUGAUUCUGAGUACCGCUGGCUCUGUCUAGAGUUCGCCAAGGGUCUACGUGCCAGCCCAGACUUCGAAUUUGAGAUCAAUGGAGGUGGUGAUGUUAUCAUCAGCUGUAAGGAGCAGCCUUGCCGAAGACCUGUUAUGAUCAAUGAUGUCGUAACUGAUCCACUUGGCAAUAAUCGUGUGAAUGAGGGCACCAGAAACAACCGAAUCUUGUACGAAAUGACAGCCAUAGCUGAUCCUUCUAGUGGAAAGGCCCAAGGUCAGGGACUUUGGGACGUUACAACAUAUGGUAGCACCUUCCCUGAUGGCCGUGGUAUGCGAUACAACCCACAAACUGCAUAUGUCUUCACCCAGUACCAGAAAGACAAAUCUGCAUUCCCUGGUGAGAACAUCCGUUAUGGAGCUGUGGACACCAACAUGGAUAUGACAGGCUUGACUUGCAACGAAGUAAGGUACUUCUGUACUGAGCUUCGCAAGGGAGAAAGACCCAGGCCAGACUUUGUAUUGGUUGCCAACCCCACUGAAGAUGUCUUGACUUCUUGCUUUGAGAUGAACUGUGAAGGAGUUUUGAUUGAUAACACCCGACUGAUUCUCAACUCUGACCCUGAAUUGUCUGAUGGACCCAAUGAUCUAUCAUUCGACUUUACUGUGAACUCCAACCCUACUGGAGGAGAUGCAAAUGGUAAUAAUCUCUGGCGUCUUGAGACCUAUACUUCCACCAACAACGAUGGCUCUGGUAGGCGUGACAUUCUGCGUACUCAGACGCUGGAUCCUGCCGAUGCUAGCACUGACAUGGGUGCUGGAGAUACAAUGACCUUCCGUAACCUAGAUGCCCUUGUUGAUUCUGCUGAUAUCAACUGCGAUGAAGACUACUAUAUCUGUGCCAGUCUUUACAAGCACGUUGCAGCCUCUUCAGAUUUUUCAAUGAGAGCCACCAGAGAGGGUGCCCUUACUGAUUGUAGAUUUAUUCGUUGUGCCAAGGCUCCUCCACCUGCGGUGAAAGGUCGUCCAGGACCAAAGGGAGCUAAGGGAGAACCAUUUGACAUCCCACCUGGUAUGGUUGGACCACCUGGAAGACCUGGAUUAGCUGGACCCCCUGGAUAUCGUGGACGUCGUGGACCUAAUGGACUUUCUGGACCUGCUGGAGGACGGGGAGAAGAUGGACGUGAUGGAAACCCUGGAAACCGUGGAGUUCCUGGACCACCUGGACCCCCUGGGCCACCUGGUGAGGUUGCUGCUGCUGCCACAUUCCAGUCAAAGGGACCUGCUUACACAGCACCUGUUUACAAUACUGCUCCAGGACGCCCUGGAUCCCCUGGUUACAGUGGACACCGUGGAGCACGCGGACCACAAGGACUGAUGGGACCAAUGGGACCUCCAGGACCCUCUGGACCUAUGGGAAUGGCUGGACCCCGUGGACUUCGUGGUGAAGAUGGAGAAGAUGGCAAAGAUGGUCAAAAUGGAAGACCAGGAGAAAUUGGACUUCAAGGAAUCAGUGGCCGACCCGGUUUAUCUGGAAUGCCAGGAAUGCCAGGUGCACAAGGACACAAAGGAUGGGGUGGUCGCCAUGGAGCUCCUGGAGCAGCUGGAGAGAGGGGAGAAGCUGGUGAAAGUGGAAACAUGGGUGCCCCAGGAAUGGUUGGAGCUGUAGGAAACCCUGGACCUCGUGGACCAAGUGGAUCUCGUGGUGCUUCUGGACCUAAAGGACCUUCUGGAGAUUCAGGAGCCAGGGGAUCUAAUGGAGAACAAGGACCAACUGGAAGCAUGGGACCUAUUGGACCUGCUGGACUACCUGGAUUAGUUGGAGCAACGGGAGAUACCGGUCUGACAGGAGGCCAAGGAUCAACUGGACCAGUAGGUCUUGUAGGAGAAUCUGGUGCUCGUGGCAAACCUGGUACCGCUGGAGCCCCUGGUGUUCCCGGAACGAGUGGAGACAGCGGACCCAUUGGUGAUAUGGGAGUACAAGGAGAGGUUGGAGCACCUGGCAGGAAUGGAGCUCCUGGACUUCAGGGAUCUAUCGGACCUGUUGGUAUCAGUGGAGAAAGGGGAGAUGCUGGUCUUCCAGGAUACGUUGGAUUGACUGGAAGCCGUGGACCUGCAGGACCAAUUGGAGCCCGUGGAAUCGCUGGAGAACAAGGACCAACUGGCCCAGGUGGAUCAGAGGGAGAAACUGGAUCUACAGGACCUGCUGGACCACGUGGACCAAUGGGAGAACUGGGACCUAAUGGUGGACCUGGACUUCUUGGAGCUCCUGGAAAUCCUGGAUUCAUGGGUGAUAUGGGAGAGUCUGGUGAACAAGGAAGCCCUGGUGAGCCUGGAUCGAGGGGUACAAAUGGUGAGCCUGGUACCCCUGGACAGACUGGACCCAAUGGUGCUCCUGGUGAUGAUGGACUUGCUGGUAAUGAUGGAAAGACUGGCCCCACUGGUAGCCCAGGAAGGGAUGGACCUGCUGGAGCCUCUGGAGACAGGGGGGCAGUCGGACCACCUGGAGCACAGGGACCACCUGGAAUCGCUGGAGAAGCUGGAUUCAAUGGCAACACUGGUAUUCAAGGACCCCCUGGAGUUCGUGGGGAUGCUGGUGGUGAUGGAGAGCGUGGUGCAGAUGGACCUACUGGUCUUCCUGGUGCUCCUGGUAACCGUGGUGAUGGUGGAAUCCAAGGACCUGUCGGUGUUGGUGGAGCUCAGGGACCCCCUGGCGCACCUGGACUUGUUGGAACACGUGGAGCACGCGGAGUCCCUGGAGCCACUGGACCUCGUGGAGGAGUUGGUGUCUCUGGAGAUGCUGGUGAACAAGGUCUAAGAGGAGCUGCAGGAAUCCAGGGAGCCUCAGGUAUCGCUGGAGAACGUGGAACAGAAGGACGAUCAGGAAGAAAUGGAGAAGUUGGAACUACUGGAAUUGCUGGAAGCAUGGGACAGCCUGGUCUCCGUGGAUUACCUGGACCCCCUGGUCUCCGUGGUGGUGUUGGACAAGGUGGUGAGAUGGGUGCACAGGGUGACCGUGGACCAGCUGGACCCGCUGGACCUCCAGGAAGGACUGGUGAAGCUGGUGGCAUGGGACCUAUGGGACCAAUGGGUGUAUCAGGAGCACGAGGAGACAGUGGCCUGCCUGGUGACCCAGGACCAAAUGGACCAUCAGGACCAAAGGGACAACGCGGAGCUGGUGGAGAGAAAGGAUCAAUGGGAUCUCGUGGUAUCCCUGGAAACCCUGGACCCGGUGGUCCUCCAGGUGAACGUGGACCUGCUGGUUUACAAGGAGAGAAGGGAGAAGCUGGACCAUCUGGUAGCCAGGGUAGACCUGGAAGGAGUGGACCUCAGGGUAAUAUGGGACCCCGUGGAAGCCGUGGUGAGGUUGGCAACCAAGGAGCAAUUGGACCUAUGGGAUCACCUGGAAUGAAUGGACCUCCAGGAGUUGUUGGUGAACCAGGACCUUCUGGACCUGUUGGAAAUAAUGGCCGCCCUGGUGAUGACGGACGUAUGGGAACCCGUGGACCACAAGGAAACCAAGGACCACGUGGACCUCCAGGACCAGCUGGAUUGGCUGGACCACAGGGUAGCACUGGAGAUGAUGGACGUGAUGGACCAAUGGGACCUAUGGGACCUAUGGGACCUCAAGGACAGAUUGGAGGCUUGGGAGCAUUGGGAACCCAUGGAUUGAUGGGACCACCUGGACCUGCUGGAGCACCUGGAAGACGGGGUACUGAUGGAGAUGAGGGAUCCACCGGACCUGAUGGUGAGCGUGGAGAACGUGGACGCAUGGGACCAGCUGGACCUGCUGGACCUCGUGGAAUGCCAGGAAGUGAUGGCCGUGAUGGUAAUGAUGGUAAAGUUGGACCAGUUGGACCUGUUGGUGCACGAGGAGACACUGGACCCAAGGGUAACAAUGGAAUGAAUGGACUAAUGGGACCACGUGGAGCUGUUGGACCUAUGGGAGCACAGGGAGAGCGUGGAAACCGUGGUAAGCAAGGAGCACAAGGUCCAGUUGGCAACGUUGGAGAGUCUGGAGGUACUGGACCAAUGGGACCCAUGGGACCUGCUGGACCCCGUGGUGAAGUUGGUAGCCAAGGACCUAAUGGACAUAAGGGACAAACUGGAAUGCCUGGUAGGAUGGGAAUGCCUGGAGUUGCUGGUGAGCCAGGACCUAAUGGAGAAGGUGGACCACAGGGUAUCCGAGGUAUCCCUGGAGUUGUUGGAGAGAGUGGAAAGACAGGAAGAUCAGGACCACGUGGACCCCCAGGACUUCGUGGAGGUGGAGGAUCACGUGGAGAGCGUGGAGGUGUUGGACCCGCUGGACCUCCAGGACCCCCUGGACCACCUGGACCACCUGGUGAAGUCUCAAUGGCUGCUGCCAUGCCACGAAUGCCAGUUCAACAAUCCAAGGGACCCAGCCAGUAUUCACACUAUUACCGUGAUGAGGUUCCCAAGACCGUUGAUGAGAUCGACAGAACCAAAUUCCAGGAAUACAUUGCCAAGUUUGAGAGUGAAGUUCGCUCCCUCUUUGAACCUCUUGGAAGCCGCGACCAACCCCUCCGUAGCUGUAAGGAUCUCUUCAAGUGCUUCCCAGAAGCUGAAGAAGGCAACUACUGGAUCGAUUCCAAUGAGGGCUCUGUCAAGGAUGCUUUCCUAGCUCAUUGUGUGAAGCGUGGAGAGAGUGGUGGCCCAGAGACUUGCAUUACACCUGUAGUUGAUUCGAUCGCACCUGCACAAUGGUACGAAGGCCCAGCCGGACCAAGAUAUAUCAGUGAAAUGGGUCUAGAUAAGUUCUCAUACCAGGCUAGUGAAGUUCAACUUACCUUCCUGCGUCUGUUGUCCACAAGAGCACACCAGAAUGUUACCUACCACUGUAAGAACUCUGUAGCUGUCACUGACAGGACCACUGGAUCCACAGAGCAGGCUCUGAAACUCAUGACCACAUCAGAUGUAGUGUUAUCACCUAAUGCACCAAGUUUUGAACAAUAUGAAGUUAUUGGAAAUGAUGAAUGUCAAGACCGAACAGGAGAAUGGGGCCAGACUGUUAUAAACUAUUCCACCAGGAGAAACACCCGUCUUCCAAUUGUUGACGUUGCUCCUUCAGAUAUUGGAGGAGAAGGCCAAGAGUUUGGUAUUACUUUGGGACCUGUGUGUUUCUCAUAGAUUCUGACCCUUUUCUAAACUAUUUUGAAUUGUCUUUGAAAUAACAGCAGCAAAAAGCAGAAAAAAGAAUGUGAAUUUUGGAGACUAUUUAUCAUAACAUCUGGCAGCCUCUCAUAAAACUGGAGCAUCCCUUUUCUCGUCUGGUGUGUGUUUUUUUUUAAAUCUAUGCAGACUGAAAUUCUUGCCAUGGUGUUCACAAAGCAAUAAUGAAUUAUUUGUAGGGAAGUCUCUUAUUUUAUGGCUUGAACAAAAAUCCAAAAUUUACCAGAAAAGGACAAAAAUGAAGUCUCCAGUGACACGAUUUACCUUGAAGGCUGACCAGAAAGUUGAUACUAGAUGGAAUACAUGAUCUUGUACUUUACCAAUCUAUUCAAUGAUAUGAAAAAUGUGCCUUACUAUAUAUCUGAUUGACAGGUUAAAGUAUGAUCAAAAGAUAAUCUAUUUUUAUAUCCAUACAUAUACAUUUUCAAUUUAAUUGUCAAAACUGUGGUUGAAAUGAAUCUUAUUGAUGUCCUUGUGUCUUUGAUAGUGGUGUGGAAUAUAUAUAUGAUUGUAUACCAUUCUCACCUCUUUAUUCUCUUUUUAUUGAUUUGCUUUGAAAUGGUGCUAGCUCUCUAGUUUGUCAGAUAUAAGUGGACUCCCUUGCGCUGACUCUAGAAGCCUUUCUAAGUAGAAAUAGAUCUAAAUGUUUCCUUUGUUACCCAGUAAGUCUUUGAUCUUUCUGGAGGUUUUUCUUGUAUUGUGUCUUUCGUCUGUGUUUACCAAUAGUUUUUAACCUUGUGCAUUUUAUUGUAUUUUUGUCAUCAAUUUGAUUAGAAUGCUCUUCCAUAAUAGCUAAAGAGAAAAAAGACAGUGAAAGAAAUAGAAAUAGAAUUAUCAAGCAUAAGUCUUUUCGCAUUUCUACUUUCCAUAACAAACAUGUCUUCAGAUAUUCUUUACUAAAUUGGUGUCUAUUGGCAGUGUUUUCAUGAAUUCAGUAACUAUGCAAAUCAAGAGAUGUUCUAUUUUUUCAUGGUCAAGACAAUAUUUUUAUAAUGCUACAUUAUAUACUGUUGAAUAGAUUGGUUGAUGCAAUGUGUUGUGUGAGAUUAUUAUUGAUUAAUAAAAGAGCUUCCCUACGAAA